AUGGCGAGGCUAGACUCUGCUGUCGGUUUGAUGCAGGACAUUUCUCUCAUUAGUCUCAUAAGUUACGAGACACAGUCUUUCAAUUCGGAGACUUGCCUUAUUGAAGAUGUAGUAUUGAAACUUAAGCAUGGCAAUGAUGAAGAAUUUAGGGUUGCACUUUGGGGAUUGCGUGAUUUCAUUAAGAAUCAAACUAUUGAUAAAGAGUGGAUUAAUGAUGAAGGAGUUAUUCCAAUUUUGUUUAAUCGGUUGGGCUCAAUCAAGCCUCACAGCCGGUUGACUAUCAUUCAAAUACUGAGAAUCCUUGCUUCUGUUAAUAAUGAAAACAAGGAAAAGAUGGCAGAUGUUGGAUCUUUAUCACUAUUGGUGAAAUCUUUGAUACGAGAAGUGGAUGAGCGAAGGGAAGCUGUAGGGCUUUUAUUGGAACUCUCAGAGAUUUCUGCAGUUCGGCGGCGUAUUGGAAGAAUUCAAGGCUGUAUUGUUAUGCUAGUUGCUAUGCUUAAUGGGGAUGACCCAACUGCUUGUCAUGAUGCAGGAAAGUUGUUGAUUGCAUUGUCAAGCAAUAUCCAAAAUGCGCUUCAUAUGGCUGAGGCUGGUUACUUCAAACCUUUAGUGCAUUACCUAAAGGAAGGCUCUGAUAUGAGUAAGAUCCUCAUGGCAACAGCAAUUUCAAGAAUCGAGCUCACAGAUCAAAGUAGAGCUUCCCUUGGUGAAGAUGGGGCAAUUGAACCCCUAGUCAAACUGUUUAAAGCUGGAAAGCUUGAAGCCAAGUUAUCUGCGUUAAAUGCAUUGCAAAAUUUAUCAAUGUUGACGGAAAACAUACAGCGUCUAAUCAGUUCAGGCAUUGUAGUACCCCUGCUUCAGCUACUAUUCUCUGUCACAUCUGUGCUCAUGACUCUUCGGGAGCCAGCAUCAGCCAUACUCGCACGGAUAGCUCAAUCUGAAUCUAUUCUGGUUAACCAAGAUGUUGCUCAGCAGAUGCUCUCUCUUUUAAAUCUGUCCAGUCCGGUAAUUCAGUUUCACCUCUUACAAGCACUCAAUAGCAUUGCUUCCCAUUCUAGGGCAACUAAAGUAAGGAAAAAGAUGAAGGAAAAUGGUGCAUUCCAGCUUCUUUUGCUCUUCCUUACAGAAACUAAUAUGAAAAACAGAACUGCUGCCUUAAAUUUGCUUUACACUCUUUCUAAAGACUUACCAGAAGAAUUGAUGGAACAGCUCGGAGAAUAUCAUCUUAAUAACAUUGUAAAUAUCGUCUCUUCGUCGACAUCUGAGGGUGAAAAAGCUGCUGCUGUUGGAAUACUGAAUAAUCUCCCUGUUGGUAAUAAGAAAGCAACAGAUGUACUUAAGAAAUCUAACUUGCUGCCCAUUCUGAUCUCGAUAAUAAGUUCAAGUGAAUCAACUUCAACGCCCACAACAAGCUGGUUAAUGGAGAACAUUGCAGGCAUAUUUAUUCACUUUACAGUUCCUUCUGAUAAGAAACUACAGCUUCUUUCUGCAGAAUUAGGAGUGAUUCCUUUGCUUGUGAAGUUGCUUUCAAGUGGGUCAUUGGUUGCCAAGUGUAGAGCUGCAACCUCACUAGCUCAACUGUCACAGAAUUCACUAGCUCUAAGAAAGUCCAGAAAAUCGAGGUGGACUUGUAUGCCUCAUUCUGCAGAGGCUUUUUGCGAAGUUCAUGAUGGCUAUUGCAUUGUUAAAAGCACAUUUUGUUUGGUCAAGGCUGGUGCUAUCUGUCCACUGAUUAAAAUAUUGGAAGGUGAAGAAAGAGAAGCUGAUGAAGCUGUUCUUGAUGCACUUGCAACUCUCUUGCAAGAUGAAAUUUGGGAAAGUGGAAGCAACUAUAUAGCCAGAAUGUCAGUUUCCAAAGCAAUAAUAAAAGUUUUAGAAUCAGGAAAUGCAAAAGCUCAAGAAAAAGCACUGUGGAUAUUGGAGAGGAUCUUUAGAAUUGAGGAACACAGAACACAAUAUGGAGAGUCUACUCAGGUGGUGCUCAUUGAUCUUGCACAAAAUGGUGAUCCGAGAUUAAAAUCAACAGUUGCAAAAGUUUUGGUGCAGCUAGAGCUCCUGCAAGAUCAAUCUGGUUACUUUUAAGAGAAUUAGUCAUUUAAGCAAUGUUGCGCAUGCAAUUUUGUUUUAUACUUUCAUACGCAUUGUUGCUUUAUGACUCUGUUCAUAUUAUUUAAUUUUUUCCCCCUAUUUAUUAUAUUAUUUCUUUUUUUGAGAUGAACAAUGAAAAUCCAGCAGUCCUGAUGUAAAGUAGAAAUAAUAUUUGAGGUUGCAAUUGAAAAGCUAGCAUUGCAAGUGUUAA